ACACAACGAACGUCCCCGCGUCUUUCCGCAGGCGCGUUUCCCUCCCUUCACGUUGGCGCCCUCACCCCGCAUCGUCUCGUAUCUCGCCAGAAAAGGGCGCAUGUCCAUGGCCCUCGUCCCUUCAACCGCCAACGACAAGUAUCCCCCGUACGAUGAGGAUAAAUUCCCCUUCGUCGAGCCACCGCCAGUGGUAAUCACCCCUUGUGAUCCCUGGCCGCCGCCAUACUAUUUGGAGGGCGGGCUACGCAAGGUGAAGCCCUACCACUUCACCUACAACACCUUCUGCAAGCAACGAUGGCGUGGGAGGGAGCUUCUCGACAUCUUCGCCUCGGAAUUCCGAGAUAGGCCCCUUGAAUACUAUGAGAAAGCCAUCAUCGAAGGACGCGUAACCCUCAACGGAAAGCCUGUCCCGUCCACCAGUACAAUCGUGAAAAACGGCGACUGCAUUUCGCACACGCUGCACCGCCACGAGCCGCCUGUCACCGCAAAACCCAUCGGCAUUGUACACGAAGAUGAUGAUCUCAUCGUUAUCGACAAACCGGCGGGCGUACCAGUUCAUCCUGCCGGCCGCUACAACUUCAACUCGAUUGUUUCCAUAAUGCGCGCUGACAGGGGAUAUGAUUGGAAUCCGUUGCCCUGCAAUCGACUGGACCGGUUAACCAGUGGAAUCAUGUUUAUCGGAAAGCAUAGACAAGCGGCCGAAGACAUGAGUGCGCAAAUCCGAGGCAGGACGGUCAAGAAGGAAUAUAUCACCAGGGUGGUAGGAGAAUUCCCAGAAGGCGAAGUCGUCUGCGAAAAGCCCAUUCUGCAGAUUAGCCCAAAGUUGGGCCUGAAUCGUGUGAGGGCGAAUGGGAAGGAGGCAAAAACUGUCUUCAAGCGCAUGGCAUACUACCCACCAAAAAACGACAACGCAGCCGAAGCAGCGAAGAGCGAGCAACACGAAGGGAUGGAGUGGAAAAGCAAAAAGGGAUAUUCCAUUGUACGCUGCUUCCCAAUCACAGGCCGUACCCAUCAACUGCGUGUUCACCUCCAGUACUUGGGCCACCCAAUCGCAAACGAUCCCAUCUAUGCAAAUCAGCGCGUGUUCGGGCCAUCGCUCGGAAAAGGCCAGUCGGAUGAAGAGAACGACGAAGACAUCAUGUCGCGUCUGUCGCGUAUGGGUAAGGAUGAGGUGGCGGAUGCGGUGGCAUAUCACGACGAAAUGGUUGACCAGUACAACAAGCGCAAGGCGGAGAAGCUAACCGGGGAGACUUGCGAAGUAUGCGACACACCCUUAUACAGCGACCCUGGGGUUCACGAACUCGGUAUAUUCCUGCACGCGAGAAGAUACCAUUGUGGUGAAGGCAAAUGGGACUAUGAAACUGGUCUACCCGAGUGGGCCCUGCCGCCUCCAGACGUGGAGGGACCAACCGUGGCGACGGAGGAGUCAGACCCGCUUGCCGUCGAUCUGCAAAAAUUGGAGUUAGAAGAUUCACAGGCGCGCGAAGGCACGGUACACGAGCAUGAAGCGCCCAUGGCGGCCAGCGCAACCGCAUAACAUAUGAUUCGAGGCGAA